AUGAACAGUUUAAAUUCCUCAUUUAAAGUUGAAUUCAAAGAAACUGAACUAAAAUAAACGUUUAGUAAAGCUCCAUCCCGACAAUAGAGUCAGAUAUAUAUAAGUUAGCUUUCUGAAGCUUCAAAUCAGGAUAUUACAUUCAGUGAAGAGCUACCAUAAGAGGAUGGCAAUGAAAUAUUCGAUAAAUCAUUUAAUUCACAUGAAAUAAAUACAGAAACAUAAGAUAAUGAGGAUUAGCUCUAUUAUUACCCUAAAGUUAUUGAUGUCAAUAGAAAUAACUUAGUAUUAAAGAGGCAUUUUUCAAAAAUCGACUACAAAGGAAGCUCUACUGAGUUUUAAUCAUUUUUGUUGCUCGCAAAAUAUUUCUUUAGUGUAGGUAUAUUAGCUCUUCCUUAUGUGUAUAAUUUAACUGGGCUUGUACUUGGUAGUGCUUUACUUAUAUUUACUUCCGUUUUCACUGUGUAUUCUAUACAUUUAGUUAUUGAAAUUCAUAAGGAUAUGAUUCUAAAGAAUGAGUAAUAGCGUGUUUAUGUAAAGUUAAAUGCCUCCAUAACAGAUAUAGCUCAUAAAGUUUAUGGAGUCCCUGGUUAAAUGUUUUGUAGAGUAUUUGGCUUGAUAAAUAACUUAGGAGGCUGCAUUUCAUAUGUUAUAUUCUUUGAAAUGUACAUCAUUUAGAUAAUUUAAACCUAUUUGAUCAAAAAUUUAAGCUAUGAAUAGGCACAUUUAAUCGCUGCUCUAGUCGCAUUCGCUAUUCUUUUUCCAUUUAGCACUGUUAAUCAUUUAUCCUUAUUUUGGUAAACAAAUUUAAUAGGUUUCUUUUUUGGGUUAAUUGGAAUUGGAAUUAUGUUUUAUACUGACUUGAAUUUCAUUUCAGAGGUUGGUACUCUAUCAAGAUAGAAAAAUGACUUAUGGAGAACAGACCAUUUCUUCCUGGCUCUUGGAAUAGUAGUUUAUAGCUUAUAAAUUAUUCCAGUUGCUCUUAAUGUCAGAGACUGUAUGGAAAAACCCCAUAAAUUUUUGCCUGUUUUCUAAUUUUCUACAGCUUUUACAUGUUCUAUAUAUCUAAUGUUUGGAAUUGUAGGUCACUUAGCUAUGGGAGAAUAUGUAGAUGGUAUAGUCCUCAUUAAUUUCGCACCUUAGACACUAAAAGGAAUGCUUGCUAGAUUACUAUAUACGAUAUCAGUUUUACUUUCUUAUCCACUCAAGUUUUAUGUAGUUAUUCAACUUUAUGAGAACCUAAAAUGCUUUAAAGAAAAAAUAUUUUGCCAAGAAAGGUAUGAUAAAUCAGAUUAUAAAACUUUGUUUAAUGCUUAAAUGGCCAUUGCUAAAAGAUAUAUAUGUCGUUAUGGACUCAUAUUAUUUAUUUUUAUAAUCAGUCUGUUGACAGUUAAGUUAGCAAAAAUUAUCUCAUUGCUAGGUUCCUUUGCAAUUCUUAUCUUGCAAUUCAUAAUCCCUUAAUUAUGUUACAUGAAAUAUUUUAAUGUUUCUCUAUCCAGAAAGAUUUAUGGAUAUUCAAUUUGCUUUAUUUUCCUAAUAGCCUCUAUCCUUGGUGUUUACAAGUCAAUAGAAAGUUUAUUUUUCUCAGAGCUUUGA